ACAGUAGAGGCAGAUCAGCACAGGACAGACAGACAUUUCCGCUACUGUGGAAUUAAAAACAUGGAGAUGUCAGACAGUGACAGACCUGUCAGCUUUGGUUCAACUUCCUCAUCGGCCUCUUCCCGGGACAGUCACUGUUCAUUUGGAAGUCGCAUGACCUUAGCAUCAAACAGUCACUUGGGUUUGUUUCACCAGGAUAAGGAAGCUGGGGCUAUAAAACUAGAACUAAUUCCUUCCCAGCUGCUGUCAAGUGAUGACCUUCGGAUAAACUGCAGCAGGGAACCGUCUCAUGAAAGUCCAAGGGAAAAAUCUUCUGAUGAGCGACGGACUAUGCCAUGGAAAGAGUCCAAAGGUUGUGUCAAAAACUGUUCAAAAUCUGAAGGGGUAGAACCAACAAGUCCAAAGCUUAUGUAUGUUGACAGAGUCGUACAAGAAAUUCUUCAGACUGAAAGGACUUAUGUGCAAGACUUGAAAAGCAUUGUUGAGGAUUAUCUUAAUUGUAUAUGUGAUCAAAGAAGACUUUCCCUGGGAUCAGAAGAUCGAUCUGCUCUGUUUGGAAAUAUAAGGGAUAUAUACCAUUUCAAUAGUGAACUUCUUCAAGACUUGGAAAAUUGUGACAAUGACCCUGUUGCCAUAGCUGAAUGCUUUGUGUCCAAGAGUGAAGAGUUUCAUAUUUAUACACAGUAUUGCACAAAUUACCCAAGGUCUGUGGCUGUAUUAACAGAAUGCAUGAGAAACAAGAUCCUUGCUAAGUUCUUCCGGGAAAGACAGGAGGCCCUCCAGCACUGCCUUCCAUUAGGGUCCUACCUUUUGAAACCUGUUCAGAGGAUCCUUAAGUACCACUUGUUACUGCAUGAGAUAUCCAACCACCUGGACAAAGAUACAGAAGGAUAUGAUGUGGUACUUGAUGCUAUAGACACAAUGCAGCGAGUUGCAUGGCACAUCAAUGACAUGAAGCGGAAACAUGAACAUGACAUCCGGCUACAGGAGAUUCAGAGCCUGCUGACAAAUUGGAAAGGGCCAGACUUGACAAGUUAUGGGGAGUUAGUCUUGGAAGGAACAUUUCGAUUUCAGCGAGCCAAGAACGAGCGCACUUUGUUUCUGUUUGACAGACUUCUACUCAUCACAAAGAAGAGAGACGACACUUACACAUACAAAGCCCAUAUCCUGUGUUCUAACCUUAUGCUGGUGGAAGUGAUUCCAAAAGAGCCCCUCAGUUUCAGUGUGUUCCACUACAAGAGCCCCAAGCUUCAGCAUACUGUACAGGCCAAGUCUCAACAGGAAAAACGACUCUGGAUUUUGCAUUUGAAAAGGCUGAUAUUGGAGAAUCACCCUGCUAAAAUACCAGCCAAGGCAAAGCAAGCUAUUCUAGAAAUGGAUGCAAUACAUCACCCUGGCUUCUCCUAUGGCGCAGAAGCUGAGAAGAAAUCAUCUCCAAAUUUGAAAGAAGAUGCAAUUUCAAGUAGAGUUAGAAGAAAGUCAGAACCAUCCUCAAGCCUGCAUAAAGUAAUGAAGCAAAAUGAUAUGAGCCCUGAAGUUCAGAAGCGUAUCAGCAUGCAAGGCAGUCUGCUUUGUCAAGCUGCCAAACUGGGGUCAAGGGAACUGCUUCUGAAAUCUGGCCUGCGAAAAGGAACCAAUGUGGGUGGCACCCAAGAACUCUUUCAGCAAACUUACAACAGUGGAAAUCUGUGUCUAAGGCCAACAGGACAGACUGAUGCAGAUGAUGAAGAAGAAAGUGAACAGGUUUCUCAGCAGAAGGCAAAAAGUGGAAGAAAACGAUUAAACAGUCAGGCCUCCGAGAACGUUGAGAAACGUAGAAGCAUCAACCUCAGCUUAUGUGACAGCCAGAGUUCCAAAGACCAGUCAGACGAAGAGACUUUGCAAAUGAGUACCGACCUCCGGUAUUCCACAUCUCCACUUCCCACAAACAUAGAACAGGGUAUUUCACAGACAAAUUCUUUGAUAAUGAAUAUCCUAGGAGGCACAGGUGCACUACAGAACAUCUGGACUGACCACCAGAUUAGACAAGCCCUCUUUCCGUCUAGACGUCCACCUCAAGUCAAUGAUGAGAAUGAUGAUGACUAUCAGAUGUUUAUGAUGAAUGAAUGCUCCAAGUUGGAAUCAUCAAGGUCACAAGAGGAAAGAGGUGCAUCCAGCCGACCAUGUAGCUGGCAUUUGGGCCUAAUGCAAGAAGACAGUGCAAGCAAUUCAUACUGCAAAGUUGUCAGAAGAGCAAGUAGUGUGGGAGAAAAUAAAACACAUUUGCGUCACUCAAGAAACAGACAAAAGAACAGCAAAUACCAUUGUGAGGAGGUUUUGAACCAUUUUGAACCAAAUCCUAAAUUCUCUUCUCUUGGUUCAUCCGAGGAGUUGACGAUUGAUGACAUUGAACAUGUUUAUGACAAUAUCAGCUAUGAUGAUCUCAAACAGAUGGGAAGGAGAGACCAUUCAGAUUUCCUUCUGAUAAACAGAGGGGGUGAUGCUUUGCAUCAAAGCAAUGAAAUUAUUAACCCUCAGUCAUUAAAAGGACCUGAAAGGAACAAGACUGCAUCAGUGCCAAAUAAAGAAAGAGUGAUGCUUCAAAGAGGAACAUCUAAUUCAGGCUCCCAGGAGCUCAGAAUAAUUGAAGAAAACAUCUAUGACUCUAUAUGUAUAAAAAAACAGUCACUGGAACACAAAAGGAAAAAUCAACAGCCCAAAAGGAACAGCUUCUUGGGCUUGGAUGGUGACUUCCAGUGUUUUGAUGCUGUGGAUCACUUUGUGUCUGAAGAUAGCUUACAAUUUAGUGAGGAUGAAUCCUCAGACCAUCGUGUGCCAGUAGGAGAUGAGUAUUUCAACCAGUUUAAAACUCCUUCAAAGGUUGCCCACAAAUCUGCAGCAGACAGGCUGUCCGAAGAAGUAGAUAAGAUUUGGAAUGAUUUGGAAAACUAUAUAAAAAAGAAUGAGGAGAAGAAGAACGACCGGUUGUUGGCCUCCUUUCCUGUGAGCAAAGAAGAUGUCCGUGAGAAGAGGCAAAGCAGGUCUCAUUACAGCAAAGAAUACUCAUUGUCAUCAAUGUGUUUACUAGACAAUUCACCUUUGCCAAGGGCCGCAGUAAGUCGGAGCCCUAGUGUCCAUAAAGAAGACCUGAGCCCUCCAGCAUCUCCUAGUAGCUCGGUAUUAAGCCUAAAAAGGACUUCACUGACUAGUGAGAUGAGUUUUGUGGAGUCGCCAUACUUUUCAUCGCAAAGCACUCUAACCUUCUCUGAUAAAAUGAGUUCAGCUCAGGGAUUGGAAAGUGCUGAAAAAUCCAAAAAUAAGGUCUUUACAAUGGCAAGAGAGUACAGCCAGAGAAUCAGAAAAGCCAAUCAGCUUUUAAAAAUGAAAAGCCCAGAGCAGGAGCAACCAUCUUGCAGAUCACAAAAGCUAAAGGAGAAAGACCUUGCAGCUAUAAUGGAAGAAAAGAAACAAGGCGGUACAGCGAUCGGUGCAAGAAUUGCGGAAUAUUCUCAGCUAUAUGACCAGAUUCUAUUCCGUGAAUCACCUGCAAGAGCAAAAAAAGAGGCUAAAGACAGCACAAAAGACUCGCCUACAGUUAAGUCUCGGGAACAGUUAUCUCCUCAACCCCAUAUUAAAUGUUCACAAACAAGCAAAAUGCAUACUGCCAGUAUCAAUGGAGAAACUGGAGACUUUUUCACCUGGCCUGAGUUUAAAGAGAUGAAGUCAAAGUCAGAGGUGUUGACAAGUGGACCCAAAGGAAAGCAAACAAAUCUAGCAGCCACCUGCUCUGUCCCAUCUUUAAACAAGUCAAGUCCUUCAAGCCUACAUGAGCAGAGGUGGAGCACAUUUAAACAAACAAAUGGUGAAAAUACAAGCAAGGAUCAUGGCUAUAAUUCCUUAGGGAGGAGAGUAGUGUGUGAAAACACCCGUCCAUAUAUUCGAUCUCAGUCAUCUUCCUCCAUGUUUCUCCAAAGGACAAGAGAGCCUAUCAAACAUGCAAAACAUUCUACUAUGCCACAGUCACGGCAUGACUCAAAACCUGAAAGAAUGUCUGAUAUUUAUGACUUUGGUGGCAGCUCCACUGAGCAAAAAGGACCACAAGAGGAGAACUCUGACUUGACACUGCAAGACUCUCAGAAGAUCUUAGUGUUGAACACACUGUCUUCUCUAAAUGCACAAAUUGCUACAUUAAACUAUUUUGCAAACUUCAAAGACACUGAAGGUGAUGGAGAAGAUGAUGACUAUGUGGAAAUUAAGUCAGAUGAUGAUGAAGAUGGCUUGGAAGCUUCUUCCAACCAGCCAAUAAAGAUGAACAUACAUGACCAACAUCCUCAAAGCCCAUUCUCCAGCACACCAUAUUCCUUCAGCAUGCCCAGUACACCAGUUAAGACUAUGAAUGACAAGGAAAGCCUUGAUUCCCACAUAACCGGUUACGAUGAUGUAGAUAAACUAAAAGACUAUCUUUGGAGGCCUCCAUCCUCUAACCAGCAGAACAUUGUCCAGUCACUUAGAGAAAAGUUUCAGUGUCUUAGCUCCAGCAGUUUUGCCUAAAUGCUUUUUUUGAAAACAAUUUCUAGCCAAACUACUGUGGUUAACUGUAUUCUAGCAUUGUAACCUGAUGCACUGUAUAAUUGCAGCACUGUUCAUUCUAAAUGUCUGU